AUGACCGACGACAAUGACGGCAGCGGCGGCGACAAGAUGGCCGCUGCAACCCGCAAACAGCACCGACCUUUUACGCAGCUUGCUUCCCGAUUGGUUCAGCUAAUCGACGAUCGCUUCGACGAAGACCAGUACGAUCAGGCAAUCGAGCUCCUCGAGCAACUUGCAACCGACGGUAUCAGACCUCCCAAGAGCUUGUUCCAGAAGCUGGUAGCCUUGAGUCUCUGCUCGCUCGCACCCGGUCAAGUCGCUUCGACCUCGCGAUGGACCCUCGACCACCAGCUGCACGACAUCGCUUCCCGACUCCUUACGCAACACAAGGGUAGCAGCAAGAGCGAUCGCAAUGUGACCAAGGCCGCCUCCACGGCUUCCGACCGACCCUCUCCAUCCGCGGUGCUUAAAGCAUCUUCGCUGCUCAUCCGAUACUCACGGUCUAGCCGCGAUAUUUCUGCUGCUGACGUUGCAUCGCAAUCUGAUGCGGAGCAUAGCGACGCAUUGCUUGCUCGUCAAAUCCUUGAAGCGCUGCCAUCACGACGGAGACCGCUCCCAUCUUCGAGGACUGCAUCUCCCGAAUCACCACGACGGGACGAGGACAGCAAUAGCGGGGACAGAUCCUUCGAAGUCAGCUCAAUCGAGAGUUGGGUCAGAGACGAUCUUCGAUGUGCGGACGAUGUCUGGGAUCUGCUAUGCCAUCGGAGGUUCAGCAGUGGCAAGAAAGUGGCGGACGCAUCUCUCGAACAAGUAAGCGAAUUCUGGAUGAGCGGAUCGGAGAGAAAACGAUACCAGAAGCAGCUGCAGUCGUGUACCGACGGCCAGCAACGUUUCGAGGACAGACUCGACGACAUCCGGUGGAAGAAGCUCAAGGCGAAUCAAAGCAGCGACUCCUCCGACUCAAGCAGCGACAACGAUUCAGACGACGAUGACUCUGGACCACGACUCUCCAUGUCUCGCAAGCGUUCCACCAAGACGAAAAGCAAACGCGAAUCAGCUUCUCCCGCAAAGCCAACCAAGCGUGUCCGGUUAGCAGCUCCGCCGCGCGAUGGUAACGAGGCGCAGCAGACAAACAUCAAGAUGACCGAAGGCUCUUGGCGCACGCUCCAUGUUCUCCUUCGCCUUUGGGAGCAAACAACGCCAAACGCAGGCGCCGCCAGCACGGGACCUGGCUCAACGCCCGAGGAAGAUGAGCCGCCUCUGCUAUGGCAGUUCCCUCGCAGCCAUUCGUCAAGGCUGAGCGGCCGUCCGAUGUCGAAGCGUCUCACCGGCCUAGACACGACUGACGAACUCGAUCGGGCUUUGGAUGUCGCCUUUUCCUUCCCAAGCAUCUUGUCCGCCUACAUACCGUCUUCAACCGGCAACGGGGCCACCGCGAAUCUGUUCGACACGGCCAAUGCGGCCGAGACGCGCGGUGACUCACGCCCCUUUUCGGCUGUGCCAGAAGCAGAGCUCAUGCACCGGCAAGAGGUGGGUGAACGUAAGGAAGAGCGUCUCAUGGCCAUACGUGCUGAAACUGCUGCGUGGCUGCUGUCUUCCAUCUACCGCCUGGCCAAGCUCAACUACAUAAGCUCCAUCGCCUUCACUGAAGGCAUGUCGGAACGCAUGGAAGCGCUGCAAGCGCCAGAGGUGCAAUGCCUGGUGCUUUCGCUGCUCCAGCAACAGCCCGGCUUGGUUGCCACUGUACUUGCUCGCUACUUGAGCGACGUUUCCCGCACGCGUCCUGACAAAAAGCGAUCUCCCGAUCCAGUACAUUUUCGAUUUGACGGCCACGAAGAAGUCAAGCUGGAAGCAGCUCUGCCGUACGCCAUGCCAUCGGAAGAGGCAGCCAGUACGCUGCUCCGGGACUGCUCGAUGCGAAGUCGGGAUCAUGAUGCCAAGGCCAGCCUGCAGUAUCUGUUGCUCAACAAGCUCGAGCUCGAGGACUCUGCCAACUCGAAUCUGUCGUUGACCUUUCCGGGCAGGGCGGAGAGUCGCAAGCAGUCUGUGGUGCACAAGCAGAGUCGUCGGAACAUCAAGGUCGAGUCUGACGCGUGCAAGACGGGUAAGAUGAAGACCAAGAUCGAAGGCGGAGAUGUUGCAGCCGUGGUGACGGAGGAGAGCAAGAAGGACGGGUUGGUGGCGUUUGCGGUUGUGCGAGCCGUGCAGAUGGAAGCACGGGAUCGCAUGAAUCAGAUCAAGUUUCUCAUCGCGCGUGCAUUAAUGUCUAUGCACACCGGUAGCAAGUCCUCGCAGACAGAGCAAGGAGCCAACGUCAUGCCCAAUGGUACCACUGCAGUCCCAGGCGCGGAUCAAAGGGACGGGCAAGCGGUCGAGGCGGACUCAAAAUCGCAACGUCAACAAGUGCAGCUGUUCCUGGCACGACUCUUGAAGGCGCUCAAGCACGAUGCAGAUGACUUCGGAGGCUGCCUUUCGGCGAUGAAGACGCAUGUCGUCAAGGACAUUCGUCGGCGCAAGGGUGUUGAUGACCUGCUCAAUAGCAGCAGGGAUGCACGGGUCGCCUUGCCAUCGCUCGAGAGCGUGGUCGGUCGGUGCCAGAAGUGUCUUGAGAGUACGCAGGACCUGGCUGGCACCACGCGUCUGCUGCUUGACUCUAUCAAAGUGCUCUAA